CUGAAACCAAUUUUUUUUUUCUCCAUCCAUUUCACAUUUCCAUUUCCGCUCUUUCUUGUUUUCUUUCACUCUAAACAUGAUUUCAAGUCGUAUGGUUCCAAUUUUAAUAGCCAUUGGUGUUGGUGUUGGUACUGGUGUAUAUGUAUUCCAACCCUUAUUGAAAGAAUAUGAAGCUGAUACCAAAGGUACUUGGAUAUUACCACAAGAUGAAGCUCGAAUUAAAACAUUACAACAACAACAACAACAACAACAACAACAAAAGGAUGAAAAUACUUCUAAUACCAGUCCAACUGAAAAGCAAUUCCCAGUGUCUAACAAAUAGUAUCAUUUUUUUUAUAUAUAUUGUUCUCUUUUCAUCCCUUCUAUAAUUCAUAGUAUUCCAUUUUGUUUAUUAUAUAUGUAUAUCACGUUUUUCUUGUAGAAUUUAUUUGAUAAUAAAGAUCGCUCUGUAUUGUAUUUUUUUUUUGAACUCCC